CUACGUUUAUGACCGAGCGGAUUCGCGUCGCGCGAUGCGAUGAAAAUCGCUACUAGCGAUCAAAUACAUAAAUCCAUAUCGAAGUGUUUAUCGUGCAGCGAUUCAGCGAAAAGCGGUUUCAGCGAAAAUGGAGCGACUGCUAGCGACGAAAAUCAGCGAUCAAAAUUUUUGAUUCAGUUGAGCGAAUCGCGUUAAACACGAUGGACAAAUUUAUUGAAAAAGUGCGAAAUAAAGAAUGUUUGUGGAAUCUGCGUCAUCCAGAUUAUCAUAAUAGAAACAAAAUCAGAAAAGCUUGGGAAGAAGUUGAGAAAGAAUGCGGUUUGGAAGCUGGCUCUGGUGCAAAAAAAUGGAAAAACUUGAAAGACACCUAUCGUAGAGAACUUCGUAAGGAAACUGUGGUUGCUUCAGGCAGCGCUGCAAUGCCGCAAUCAAAAUGGACACAUUUUAAGGAUAUGUGUUUUUUACAAGAUACUAUGGAAUCGCGCUCCAUGUCAGGUAACUUGAUCAAUGAAACAAGUUGUGAUGAAUUGGUGGAACUUGAUGAUGAAGAUAAAUCAGAAACUCCUGAAUCCAUAAAAUUGAUGCAGCCUACACCUAAAAAAUUAAAGAAAAAACUUACAGAAAGCUCAGCGUUUUUGGAGUUGGAGGAAAAGAAGCUUAAGCUUCUAGAAAAAAGCAACGAUGAGGAGGAUGAUGAUUACCAUUUUCUUAUGAGUUUCAAAAAGUACAUGAAAAAUAUGGGUGAAGAAAAAAAAUUAAAAUUUCGCAUAAAAAUGCAGGAGGUUCUGUACGACAUUAUGUACGGCAGAGAUAAUCAGGAAUCGGCUACGCCAGUUUCUAUUAUUAGUUAUGUAAGCAGCAGCCCAAAUAUUGAAACGCAGGAUUCAAACAGCUUCAUUUUUCCAAAUGCGCAAAAUUUUAAUUAAGCUACUUAAUAUUAAUGUGUGUAAUAUUAUAUUAAAUAAAUACAUAUGUAAGUAAGUGAACAAGUAUAAAUAUUGAAAUUGAAUAAAAAUUUAUGGAAUGGAUACAUAAUAUUGUAUAUUACUUACCUUAUGGUCAGUGCGAGCCUUUCUACAGCAUCAAUUGGUGUUUUCUGAUUUCUAGUAUUUUUUUCUAUAUGUUUGGAUAUAUUAUUCAAGAUAUAAUUAAAUGUGUCAAUUCUCAUUCGGUAAUACUCCAUAAAUUUCUCAGGAUAUUGUAGAAGGCGGCUGUGUAAAUGAUGGAACUCUCCAUGGCUUUUGCGUUCUUUGCAAAUUGGAUGCACUUGGAAUCUUUUCUGUUUACAAAACCUUAAAAUCUGCUGACGCACUAAAAGACUACUUUCUGCAAGCAAAAUUUUACGAACACGUGCACGCAUGUCUUUUUUUAAUGAAAAGUAAAAGAAACUACGAACGGAUUUGACGUUAUAAAUUUUCAAUCGCUUCUGAUUUCGCUGUACUGUAAACACUCAAUCGCUAGCGAUUACGAUGGCGAAACCGCUGGUAGCGAUAAAGCGAUUUUCAUCGCAUCGCGUGACGCGAAUCCGCUCGGUCAUAAACGUAGCCUAAGU